CUGACUUUCGAUCAAGAAGGUUACCGCGCUGCUCGACCGUCGUUCCGACUGGCAGGGUACUCUGGGCCUCGAGAUGCGGACGAUGAUGUGGCGUUCAGCAUGAGCCACCAUCUUUGCUCAGGCCAAGCGGACUUCAUGCCACUCAAACGAGAGGUCUUCGCCUUUCAUCAUGCGGCGCUAGAACCUGCUCCUAUUCUGCGCAGGCUGACCAUGAAAGGCGACGACAGCCACGACUAUAUCUCC